AUGAGGCUGACAAAGCCGGGUUGGGUAAAUCAUGAUGGAAAACCGAUUUUUUCGUUAGAUAUUCAUCCUGAUGGUAGUAGAUUUGCAACCGGAGGGCAAGGAAAAGAUUCCGGUAGAGUAACAAUAUGGAAUUUAGGUCCUGUCAUUUAUCAAGAGUAUGAAAAAAAUGAAAAUGUUCCCAAACUUCUUUGCCAAUUGGAUAAUCAUCUAAGUUGUGUGAAUUGUGUCAGAUGGAAUCAUUCUGGAAAAUUUUUAGCUUCUGGUGGUGACGAUAAGUUAAUUAUGAUUUGGAAAAAAACUGGACAAACCAAACUUGAUGAAAAUAAAGUUAUAGUAGGUGUUGAAAUAUGGAGAUGUGUUGGUACUCUGACUGGACAUAGUAAUGAUGUUUUAGAUUUAGCAUGGGCUCCCCAUGACAGUUGCUUGGCUUCUUGCAGUGUUGAUAAUACCAUUAUUGUAUGGAAUAUGGAAAAAAUUCCAGAUAUUGUAGCAAAACUUACUGGACACACAGGUUUGGUAAAAGGUGUCACUUGGGACCCAGUUGGGCAAUAUUUGGCAUCACAAUCAGAUGACAAGUCUUUAAGAAUUUGGAGAACAAAAGAUUGGAAGCAACAAGCUUGCAUAACAGAACCAUUUAAAGAGUGUGGAGACAUGACUCAUGUUUUAAGACUUAAUUGGUCUCCAGAUGGGCAAUAUUUAGUCUCGGCUCAUGCAUCCAAUAGUGGAGGGCCCACAGCACAAAUAAUAGAAAUAAUUGAAAGACCUAUAGAUGUUAAAAAAAAAUCAUGGUCUUGUGAAAUGGAUUUUGUUGGUCAUAGAAAAGCUGUCACUUGUAUUAGGUUUAAUUCAAAUUUGUUACAAAAAAAACCUGCUGGAGAAGGAUCGAAACAAACAAAAUACUGUGCCUUAGCAACUGGCAGUAGGGAUUGUGCAUUAGCUGUGUGGUGUACUGCUAAAAAAAGACCAAUAGUUGUCAUCAACAAUAUAUUUUUAAAAUCUGUUUUAGAUUUAUCAUGGAGUAAAGAUGGAAUGCAACUAGUCGCUUGUUCAUGGGAUGGUUCUAUUGCUCAUUUAAUGUUCAAACAAGAGGAAUUGGGUAUUAUAGUUAGCGAGCAAGAAAAACUAACCACCUUAGAAUCUAUGUACGGUAAAUCAUUUGCAACUAAACAUCUAAAUCAGACUAAAAUUACUCCGAUUAUUGAAACUCCAGAACUUUUGGAAUUCGUGCCUCCGUCUUUAUCUUUACCCAACACUGCCAAAACGAAUCAGCCUCCUAGUGGGAAAAAACAAGAUCCGGUUGAAAUAGAAAAUAGCAAACAGUCUUCCAUAAGCGACGUUCUUUUAAGAAGUAAACAAAUUGAAACAAGGACGGCGGACGGAAAGAGAAGGGUUACACCAAUAACUGUUCCUAGAGAUCUCGCCGAAUUCAAAACUAAAAUUAUAAUUGAGCAAAGGCCGGAAGUAGUCACGCCUAAUGUUUCACCUGAAAAACAAAAGCAACAGUCAACUGGGAUUGUUUCCGUACCGAAUCCCUCCAUAGCACACUCAACACCUUUUGAAAAUCAUGAUGUCCCUUCCAAAAAUAGUGGCAUAUCGGCCAAAGUGUUAAAAAGACCAACUUUACUACCAGCAGAUGUUUCUUCAAAAAAAAUUGGAUCUUCAGAGCAAUUGACUCAACAAAGUUUUACUAAAUGUACCAAUUGCGAAAUUUAUUGGAACCAUGGUUGCGAUAGUAUUAUCGAAGUUGAAAAUUCAAAAUCUUUGGAGAGGCCUUGUCGAAUGCGACGACUGAAGAAAGUGGGACCCGACAAAGAAAUUGAAUGGGAAUUUGUUUACGGACAACCGAUCUCUUGUGUAAAAAGCAAUAAUUCUAUCACAGUAUUAGCUUGUAUGGAUUGUACUCUUCACGUGAUUUCAACAGACACGGGAAAAUCAAAAGCUUUACCAAUAAAAUUACCAGGAUUGUUAUCAUGUAUAGCACUGACAAAAAAUAAUUUAGUAUGCGCUGUAACUUCUCGGGGAUAUUUAUUCGUUUGGGAUUUUAAUGUUCAUAAACUAUUACUUCAAAAUUUUACUCUCAGACAUACUCUUUUAUGCGAAUCAGAUGAAUUAUCGUCCAUAUCAAGUUGCGAAGUAACUGAAGAUGGUAUUCCACUGAUUACUCUCUCCUGUGGUAAGUGUUACUGUUACAAUAACGAUUUAGGUUGGCUUUUAUUGAGCGACACAACAUCGGUGUUGUGGAAAGUUAGUCAUCAAGAUGUUCUCGUUCGAAACGCGACGACAUUAGCCGAUACAAAACUUCCACUAAAAUCCAUACAAUCACAAAUCAAAGGGUCUACUUCGUUGGUUAACAGCAGAGUUCCCCUUGUCAAAAAUUUACCGGUUCAACUUUGCACGGCAGCAUUUUUACAGCAGCAAAUGAAUGCGGCAAUAUCAAUUGUACAAAAUGUCGUUUGUCAAAGGCUUUACGUGGAAUUUAACGAACAAUUAAACAGUAUUUCUAAUUCAAUGGAAACAUAG